AUGGACGCGAAGACCAAAUCCCCCCAUAGUGUUCCGCAGGUCGAGCUGGCCACCGGCCAGGUGGUCGGCCUGCCUGAGAUGCCCAUGAAACGGCGUUUCAGCAUCCUGAGUAUCAUUGCCGUCGGGUAUAACAUCUCGAACAGCUGGGUGGCAAUUGCAUCUAGCUUUGCUAUUGCCAUCCAGUCGGGCGGGGCGCUCUCUUUACUAUAUGGCAUUAUCGCUGUCACCGUCGCGAUGCUGGCUACCGGGUUGACCCUGGCUGAGCUGGCCAGCGUCUACCCCACUGCUGGCGGACAGUACCAUUUCACUUCCAUCUUAGCCUCGGCGCGCUGGAGUCGUGGUCUCUCCUACUUUAGUGGCCUGGCAGCGGUUUUUUCAUGGCUUACCUUGGCUGCGUCCAUCGCGCUGGCUGGUACGCAAGCCCUCAUGGCCAUCGUCAUUCGAUGGCAGCCAACGUACCAGGCUCAGUCAUGGCACUAUUUUCUGGUUUACCAACUUUCCAACGCGGUUAUUGUUCUCUAUAAUAUAUUCCUAACUAACAAAACCCUCUGGGUUUACAACAUCGGCUUUCUACUAUCCAUAUUCACCUUCCUCGCCAUCACCAUCACCUGUCCCGCUCGCUCCGCCAUCCAUGUCGACUCCGGUCAAGUAUGGACACACUUCGUCAACGGCUCCGGCGGCUGGCCCGACGGAGUCUCGUUCCUCACCGGCCUCUCUACGCCCCAGUUCAUGCUCUCCGGUCUCGACGCGACACUGCAUCUCGCAGAGGAAUGUCUAGAACCGGAAAGUAUCGUGCCUCGUGCCGUUCUCGUCACGGUUUUAGUGGGGUUUCUGACUGCGUUUCCGUUCUCCGUGGCUAUAAUCUAUAGUGUGAAGGAUGUGGAAAGCUCGUUGGAGUCGGUGACAGGUUUCCCAAUCUAUUUCAUCUGGGAAAAAGCCACCCACUCCCCCGCCGCCGCAACGGUCUUCAUGGCUGCCCUCUUCGCCGUCUCCUGCAUCGCUCUAAAUGCCGUCCACCAGACAGCCUCCCGCAUGACGUGGUCGUUCGCGCGCGACGACGCCCUCUUCUACUCCCAUCGUCUGGCACACGUGAGCCCUUCCCUAGGUGUCCCCGUGUUCGCCCUCAUCUUGAACGGUAUCGUCGUUCUCCUAGUGGGAAUCGUAUAUGUUGCUUCUUCGACGGGUUCGUAUUUCUUUCAUUUCCUCUCCUCCCUUCCCCCUUUCCUCCCAGCCGUCAUCUCACCAUAA